UAUUUCUUACUUCUAUAAAUGAGCUUAUUACACGUAAUACUUUUAAGGACCAAUUUGACGAUUGACUCGAUAAUAAAGUAAAGAAAAAGAAAAAAACGGAGAAGGAUGCGGCUUUUUCUGCUACUCACGCGCCUGUCUCUAUCUGCCGUUAAUGUAACCCUAUCUAUCCUUCUUUUCCCACCCUAUAUAUACCCUCAACCCUUUCUUUCUCCCUCCACCAUUACCUUCUCAUUUUCUCUCUCUACACUCAAACAACAUCAUCAACAACUCCACCCACCACUCUGUUUGUUUCAUCAACACCCUCUUUGCUUUUUCCUUCUUCUGUUUUUCCAUCUCAUUUCAAAUGGGUGAAUCAUGCAACAACAACAACAACAACAAUGAUACGAGGAAGCGAGUUCGGGAGGACAACUCGGAGGCUGACUCGCCCGAGUCAAAGCUUCCCCGACUCAGCUCCGGUCCUGACGUUAACUCGCCCGAGUCCGGACUCGCACGGGUUAGCUCAGGAGAGUUUUCUGAGACGGAACGAGUUGACUCGGGUGACGCGGUCCUUGACUCGGCCGGGGUGAAUGAGAUCCAGGAUGACCUUUUGAACAUGCUUGACGACGCAGAUAAUGCGGCGGAGCGUGAACCAGACACCACCGUGCAGGGCCUCGAUUCCGUCAUCAGGAGCUUCGAGGAGGAGAUACUUGCUCCGGAUCAGAGCCACGCGCCGGAGUCUGGUGAUUUCAACCCGAACCUAGGAUACCUCUUGGAGGCUUCAGACGACGAGCUGGGGUUGCCGCCGACGGUGGAGCCGAGCCAGGAGGCGGAGAAACCAGAAACCGAGUUUUCGGGUCGGGUUGGUCCGGAUGGGUUUGACUGGACCGGGUUUCUGGGUUUCGAAGACGAUUUGCGUGGCUAUGAAGCGUUUGGGAUGAUGGGAUACGAUGCUGCUGAAGACAAUAGUGGCGGUUAUGUCACGAUUGACGGGUUAUUUGAUUAUGCUGAACCUGCGGAUAUUUUGUGGCGGUCAGAGUCGCUACAAGCGAUGUAGGAGUUUUUUUUUCCGUUGUGGCAAGGUGGUGGUGGCCUUGCCGGAACGUUUGGUUGGGAAAUGUAAAUGUGUCAGGAUUUUAGGGGUAACAGGCUAACAGCGACGUAGGUGGUAGAUGUGAAAAUCAGAUCUAGAAUUUUAUGUGUUUGUUUCUUUUGUUUGUUGUAUUCAACUCAAACAAACAAAUUGGACCUGACUUGUUCGUUUUAUAA